AUGUCAGUAAGUUAGAGGUAGUACGCACAACACAUCGGUAUUUCCUAGGUAAUAUAGGCACACAAUGUUACCGUACCUGUUGCUAGUUUUGCUAGCGUCAACUGCGGCUGAGAGAGAUCCACGAUGUGCCCGGUACACACGUGGUGCGCAGGCACGCACGUUGCCCCAUGAUACGGACUGCACCAAGUUCUACAUGUGCGAUAUCCAGGGCAAUGCGCUGGAGAUGAAGUGUCCCAAAAAUACAUUCUUCAGUGUUGAUAGUGGCAUUUGCACGUUUGACGAUUCCGCGUGCUCUGGAGGGGGAAGUGCUCCCGUGGUGAAACCUAUGUUACCGAUCAUCAACAAGGUACCUGUUGCUGAGAGCAACAAUGUUUUCAAGCCUACCUUACCGAUUAUCAGCAACGUAAAUGUUGUUAGCAACACCAAACCAACUUUGCCGAUCAUCACCGGAGUGCCUGUUGCUGAGAAUAGCAACAAAGAUAGUGUGGAAACAGGAAUCCAGAAUAACAUGCAGAAACCUACUUUACCGAUAAUCACCGAUUUAAACGUGGUUGAAAAUAACAAACCUUUUUUGCCGAUCAUCAACGGAGCACCUUUUGCUGAGAAUAACAACAAUGAUCUUGUGGGAUCAGGAGUUCAGAACAAUGUGUUGCGUCCUAACCUACCGAUAAUCACCCAUGUAAACGUUGUUGAAAACAUCAAACCCACGUUGCCUGUCAUUAACGGAUCACCAGUUGCUGAGUAUAACAACAGUGAUCAUGGGGGGACAGGAGUUCAAAACAAUAUGGUGCAUCCUUCUCUGCCGACCAUCAAUAACGUGAAUGUUGCUGAAAAUAGCAACAAAGAUCACGUAGCAUCUGGAGUCGAGAUCAACGUUGUGAAACCAACUUUACCGAUCAUCAACGUUGUUCCGAUAGUUGCAAACAACAAUCAAGAUCGUACAGCACCCCAGAACAGCAUUGGUCUAUUGAAACCUACGUUGCCGAUCAUCAGCAACGUUCCAGAUAACAAUAACAACAAAGAACGUGCAGCUGCACUGGGACCGAUCUGCAGAAAUAAAAAUAAUGGAGUCAAAUUUCCAUUGAUUGAAGAUUGCUUCUCCUAUGUGAUUUGUAUACAACAAAAAGCUUCCAUCUUUACCUGUCCUGAUGGGUUGGCGUAUGACGCUAAAGGUGCCAAGUGUUCUGAUUCAAUCAAGUGUGAGAUGCCCAAACCAAAGCCCCCACCGAAACCCACCCUAACACGACCGGAAAAGCCAGAGGUCGUCCAACCUCAAGUUCCAGUCAACCAAACCCCUGGACACCCAAUGCUUCCACCACUAAACCCGAUUCUACCAAUGCCUGAGCUUCCAGUGAUUCAACCUCAAGUCCCAAUUUACCCUAAGCCAGAUCUCCCAGUAGUCAUACCUCAAGCUCCUAUUCGCCCCAAGCCCGAAACUCCAGCGUUUCCACCCCAAGCACCAAUCCUGCCGUUGCCUGAGCUUCCAGUCAUUAAACCUCAAGUCCCAGUCAAUCCAAAGCCUAAUCUUCCAGAAGUUUUGCCUCAGGUUCCUACUCGCCCCAAGCCCGACCAUCCCGUAAUCCCUCCUCAAGCUCCAAUCCUCCCGAUGCCCGGACUUCCAGUGCUCCCUCCUCAAGCACCAAUCCUGCCAACUCCUGAGCUGCCCGUAAUCCCUCCCCAAGCUCCGAUCUUACCGAUGCCGGAACUUCCCGUCAUACCGACGGAUCCACCCAAGGACACUAUAUCGGGGCCAAUUUUCAUGCCCUACAGCGCCCCGCGCCUCGUCCAGGACUCUCGCUGCAGUGAUCGUUCUGCGCUGAACUCAUCGAUAAUGCUGCCGGCGGUACACGAUUGCACCAAAUUUGUCGUCUGCGUCGGAAGCAUGGCCUACGAGAAGCAAUGUCCCGUGGGUCAACACUGGAGCACGGAGCGCAACUACUGUGACUUUAUUGAUCGGGCAAAGUGUUUGGCGUAAAAACGAAUGAAAGAUGAAACUUAACAACCUGUUCAUUACCAGUUACAUGUAGAACAUUAAACAUAAAUUUGAAAAAUUUG